CUGACCGUGUUUAGCAUCUGCAGGGUCACGUCUCAGACUGUGACGGUAUCUCUGUUCUGCAGGUUAACUGAAGCGCCUACAUCAGACCCGUGUGGAGAUCUGACUGCUCAGAAUAACUGUCCACACUUUGGUUUCACUAAACCAAAGAGAGUUCAGACUUCCGCAGUAAAAACAAUAUAGAUCUAUAUUUACCAAACCUGCCUUCUGAUUCUGACUGCUGAACUUUGAACUCUAAUUAAAUAUCCUCAUGCACACGUUGACCUUCAGCAUUCAUUAAGAGGCCUUUUGUACAAUCAGAAAUAUUCUGUGUAUUAUAGGAAGCCAUAAGUGUGUUGAUGUCCUUUAUUUCAUAGACGGAGAUGUCCUCGUCUUUUCCUGCACGCUGACUUGUCUCAGCGCUCCUAAUGUGACCACACACCUGAUCACACCUGAUCACACUUCCUCUGCAGGUGAACAUUUGGUCCAAAAGUUCUGCACGUCACGUUGACUUUAAACUUUUAUUCCCACAUUUAAGAAUCAGUUUUCAUGCUGAACAUCACGACGUAGGUUCAGUUCUGCAGACUUCUCUAACUGGCAGUUUUCCACAGGACCCGUGUGUGCAUUGCUCCGUCUCCACCGUGGUUUCUCUCUGUCCGGCGGCAAGCGCUCUCCCGGAUGGGCUCUCCCGUUUGUGGAGGGUUAGUGCAGUGGAGCGUAGCCAUGAGCAGAUAGGCGUGUUCAGCGCCUGUUUUGGCAUAAUGUUGAGGAAGUGAUAGAAUAUACGUUCAGCAGUCUGCAUGUUGUGUUUUAUUUAGAAGUCGACCGGACGCUCUGUGCGUUUACUCGUCUGACUUUCUGUCUGCUCUGUCCAGCUUGACCCGUGCUUGCAGCGAGCUCUGUCCUCAGCUUUAACUUCCCGUUGGACAUGUCACUCAGCUUUAACUUCCUGUUGGACAUGUCACUCAGCUUUAACUUCCCGUUGGACAUGUCACUCAGCUUUAACCUCCCGUUGGACAUGUCACUCAGCUUUAACCUCCCGUUGGACAUGUCACUCAGCUUUAACUUCCCGUUGGACAUGUCACUCAGCUUUAACCUCCCGUUGGACAUGUCACUCAGCUUUAACCUCCCGUUGGACAUGUCACUCAGCUUUAACUUCCCGUUGGACAUGUCACUCAGCUUUAACUUCCCGUUGGACAUGUCACUCAGCUUUAACUUCCUGUUGGACAUGUCACUCAGCUUUAACUUCCUGUUGGACAUGUCACUCAGCUUUAACUUCCUGUUGGACAUGUCACUCAGCUUUAACUUCCUGUUCUUCUGUCACUGGUGGAUCAUCUGUACAUAUGUAAAUAAAUAUCGUGUCUUAAAGAGGUUUUAUCAUAGACUGUUCUUAUUGGUUUAUAAUUAUUAUCAUAUAAGUGUAAUAUUGGAUUAUGAUUUUAAACAUGUGGGGUUUUUUAUGUUGAUGGGAAAAUUGGACUUUUUAAUGAAUGAAUAAUACAUUUUAUUGUUGAUAUUUCUGUAUUUGUUUGUUUAUAUCAAUAAAUCCUAUUUCACUGUUUACACUGUACACUCUCUAACGCACACACACACGCGCACACACACACACGCACACACACAUCCCACCCCCUUUCUCUCUCUACCCCACACACACUCUCUCUCUCUCUCUCUCUCUAUUUCCUUUACACACACACUCUCUAUCCCCCCACUCUUUGCCUCUCUCUCGCCUCCCUCCUUUAUAUUCGAGCUGCGGAAUCCGGUUUGAUUCCGGGGAUAUCUGAGACCUCACCGUACCUCACACAGAACAUUUUUCCCCUUUGUUUUUAUUUUCCUUCCUGUUUGGUCGUCCCCAUCUCCUCCUCUGGACUCGUCUUCAGCACCAUGGACAGCACCGCGGAGAGGCUGGACGCUGCAGGAUUCUUACAGACCUGGCAACAGUUUGACAUCAAGGAUAACGGGUUCAUAGAAGAGAAGCAGCUGGACGCCUUCUUCCAAAGCAUUCUGGGAAAAUCUGAGAUGAAGAUGGAGGAGAUGACCGCGGACAGAAUCCGACGACUGAGGGAGAGUCACCUGUCUUCACCGGGCGACACAGACAACAGAGGUCUGCACAUACACGAGCUGGCCGCCAUGAUUCUUCCAGAGGAGGAGAACUUCCUGCUCCUUUUUCGCCGUGAGACGACGCUCGACAACAGUGUGGAGUUCAUGAGGAUUUGGAGAAACUACGACACAGACAGCAGCGGCUUCAUCUCAGCCAAUCAGCUCAAGGGCUUCCUUCAGGACCUUUUCCUCGAACAUCGGCGGUCCAUCACACCCGACAAACUGGAGGAGUACACCGUCACCAUGAUGAAGAUGUUUGACAAAAACAAAGAUGGCCGACUGGACCUGAACGACCUGGCCAGGAUUUUAUCCCUGAAGGAGAACUUCUUACUCAAGUUCAAGAUGGACGCUUGCAGUCAAGAGGACCGGAAGAGAGACUUCGAGAAGAUAUUCGCUCACUAUGAUGUUAGUAAGACAGGUGAGUUGGAGGGUCCUGAGGUUGAUGGCUUCGUGAAGGACAUGAUGGAGCUGGUGAAGCCCAGCAUCAGCAGCACUGACCUGGACCGGUUCAGGAAAGCUCUGAUGCAUCACUGCGACAUCAAUGGAGACGGAAAGAUCCAGAAGAACGAGCUGGCUCUGUGUCUGGGCCUCAAACACAGCUAAUAGAGUCUCAAACACAGCUAACAGUUUCAUUCUCCAUCAGUGUUCCCCUUUAACCUCCACUUCUUUACCUUUUAACACACAAUAUUUAUUCUGCCCACCCGUCUGUCUCUUCCCCAUCUUCAUCUUUCUGCCCCUCAGUUUGGUGUUGGAUGGAUACCACAUUAAAUUACAUGAUAUUAUUUUUAUUAUGAGCACAGUAAAUGUCCGUCAGACAUCCGAUAAAUGUGGAUUUAAAUGCAGCCAUGAUGAAUCCACAGGUUAUAGUUGGGGUUUUAUUAAUGUAUGCCGUGCUUCUUCUUUAUCCUGUGAUGAUAUGAAAAUGUUUGCAUGAAAACAUGAAUGUCAAAAUGAUAAAUGAUGUUUAAUAAAAGUUAUUUCAUCUUUG